AUGAGUUUACUGUAUUGGAAGUUAUUUCUUGUUUUGUGUACCAUUAAUAUGAUAGAAGCAGGUGUUAAAAUAGAAAUUUCGCGUUUUAAAGACUCGCAGAGGGUUCCGAUAUUAUCAACUAAUGUUGGAAGUGACAAUAUAAGUAAAAUUGAGGCACCCAAAAUGACAACACCAGUCGAAAUAACUACAAAAUCGACAGUUGAUUUAAAUAUAUUGAAAACCACCACUUCCAGUUUGAACUCAACGAAUACUAAGACAAAGACGACUUUGAAUUCACAAAAUGUUACAGCUACAUCGUCUUCGUUCAUCAACAACACAUCUAUACAAAUGGUUUCGAACACAUCGCACGUAUACAAUGUGUCUUUGAUGCCACCGACAGAUUUGAAUCCCUAUUUAUCUGAGUUCACACGACGUGAAAUUCGACGUCGUUUCAUUCCAUCGGAUUAUUAUUGCCCAUGCGAUUUAAAAAUAAAUUUCUGUGACAUUAACUGCUGUUGUGACAUUGAUUGUGCAUCUACAGAGAUAAUGCAGACACUGAAGUGUAAUGAGCGUGAUUGGUCAAUUCAUGAUUAUGAAGAAUCAUCUGAACUGCAGCUUUGUUCACAAAGUCAACAAUUUUCAUUAUUUUGUAUUGUUGAAGGCACACGAAGACGAAAGCAAACACGAAAAAGAAGUUUCAAGACUAAUGACGUAAAUAUGUUGAAUGUUGUUCAGUAUCGAUGGCCAAAUCAAUAUGAUGAUCAAGUAUUUACAAAAAGUGACUAUCGCGAACACUAUAUAUUCGGCGAUCCAAUCUUGGUUUGGGAUGAAGCACUAGAAGAAAUACAAUUUUUCGAUGUUCCUUGGCCAUUAUAUGCAUCUAAUUGUCGUAUAAAAUAUGAUCUAAAACACUUAGUUGAUGACGAAACAAAGUGUGUACAAACUUUUGAAGUGCACGAUCAAUUCAUAUUUGAUUUUCAAACAAAAUUGAAAAGUGUUAAAGUUCUAAAAUAUCGUAAACCAUUAUAUACAACAUCAGCAGUAAUGAAAGAUUUUUGUAAAUCGAUUCAAGCUGCGAACCAAAUUGAAAAUUGUAUUUUUGUCAAUAUUUAUCAUUGCAUUGAUGUGAUAUCAAUGCGAACCUGCACACAAGAUACCAAUUCAACGACUACACCAAUAUCAGAGUUCGGUGAAAAUUUUAUCAGCGAUCAAAUAUCUAUUCAUAUUCAUCACAAUUUUACAAACCUUCUGAAUGUGACUGCAUUUUUUGUAUAUAGUGAGUUCAAUAGCGAAAGUCCAAUAACUCAAAUAUUGCAAAAAAUUAGUUUGGAAUAUUUGGAAAUAAAUGAAACAUUUGCAACAAGAGAUGUGCAUCAAGUUAGUGGCAAUAUUGGAUACUUACCCCAUAAACCGAUUAUUGUUUCCAAAUUUAUUCAACCAAAUGAUAAUGUUGGUGAUAAUAUGACUCAAGUGGGUGGAAGCUUUUUGGCGUAUUUUCAUAAUGAAACCAGAUGCACUAAUAAUGAUCAUUUUCUGAAAGUACCAACAAUCGGAGCGAAUGGCGAUUGCAUGAUCAGCAAUAGCACCUUCCAAACGGUUAAUUUUUACGAAAAUACACGCGUUAAAUGCAAUGUCAUUUUAGGAUUAACUGAAUUCAAUGAAACGAAUAGCAAUGAACAGCCCUUGAAUUUUGAGCAAAACAAUACAUACAUCUGCCGAAAGUUCCAACGAAAUAUUUUUGAUCAUUUGAUUCAUAAUCUUGAGUUAAAAAAUGCCAAUUCAACGGUUUAUAACCAAUUUAUUAGUCGAAUAUCAGAAAUGGGUAAUCCACGAAACGAUACAUUGCAUUGGCUAGAAUUCAAAAUAAUACAACCCCCCAAUUUGGAUGAUAUUGUAGCUACUGGCGUUGAAGAGACUGCAUCAGAGUUUAUUUGCUCGAAUAUGGUGCUGGGAGUACGAUAUGAAUUUUUUUAUGGAACAAUGGCAGUUGGCAAGAUUUCGAAUCAAGCCCUUAUUAAAGUGGCUCAGAUUCAGUUUGGUAAUCGCAUUAAUCUAAAAAUCAAGCUGGAUGAAGAUGUAUUGAAAGUUCCCAUUUAUAUCGAUGUAAUGUUUUACGACUUAAGUCGUUCCAUCGCCAAUGGAGCACCUCAGUUACAUCAAAUAUUCACGUCACAUAUUCAUAUAUUAAUCGUAUUUGUCACUGGGUGGCUGCAAAUUUCUGUAUAGCUUAGUGAAACGGCUCAUUGAAACGUGUGUGAAAUGUGAAGAUUUUUUCUCACAGAAUUAGAUGGCGCCAAUAACCAAAUGUCUUUGCAGUAAUGGUGUGGUAUUUGUAUUAUCCAAAAUAAAAUCAUGUACUAUCAUGGCGACAAAGAACCAUAAAAUUCGAUCUAUUAUUAUAAGUUUUAUCUGCAUUCAUAUGUCAAUUGUUCAAUAAGAUUAUCAACGAUUGAAUAAAGAAUAGGAAGAAAUGUGUGGAAACUCCGAAAGGCAGAAGACCUCCCUAUAUUGGAAAAAUUUUUGUCCAUUG